AAGAGGCGGGGCUAAGGGGCAAUUAAGCACCGGCUUCUGCGCGUGUCGCCUGGUGAGAGGAGAGCGCGCGCUGCUGCCUCUCAGUCACCCUCCUCUUGCCAUGCCGCCCCCGGGCCAGGUCCGGCUGCCGGACUGGGAUGCGCUGCGGCUCCGCGUCCGGACUCUGAUCGGCUCCCACCGGGUCAUGAUCUUCUGCAAGAGCUACUGCCCCUAUUGCAACAAGGUGAAAGAACUUUUUCAUUCUAUGGGAGUAGACUACUAUGCUUUGGAACUUGAUUUAACUGAUGAUGGACCCAAUAUUCAGCAAGUGUUAGUAGAAGAGACUGGCCAGAGGACUGUGCCCAAUGUGUUUGUGAAUGGAGCACACAUAGGUGGAUAUGAUAAAACUUAUCAGGCUUACCAGAGUGGCUCACUGCAGAAUGUGCUAGGGAAUUGCAUAGAUGAUGCACAAGUUUAUGAUUACGAUCUUAUUGUUGUUGGUGGUGGCUCUGGCGGACUUGCAUGUUCCAAGGAAGCUGCUGCCUUAGGAAAAAAGGUCAUGGUGCUAGACUAUGUUGUACCAACACCUUCGGGUACUUCGUGGGGACUUGGUGGCACUUGUGUAAAUGUAGGUUGUAUUCCUAAGAAACUCAUGCAUCAAGCUGCGCUUCUGGGACAGGCACUUCAAGAUUCAAGGAAAUUUGGCUGGGAGUAUGAUGUGCAAGUUAAACACAACUGGGAGACCAUGGUAGAAGCAAUUCAGAACUACAUAGGCUCUUUAAAUUGGGGUUACAGGGUGUCCUUGAGAGAGAAGAGUGUGACAUAUGUCAAUGCCUAUGCAGAAUUUAUCGAACCACACAAAAUAAAGGCAACCAACAGGAGAGGACAGGAAACCUUUCACACAGCACAGACAUUUGUCCUAGCAACUGGGGAAAGGCCCCGAUAUUUGGGUAUCCCUGGAGAUAAAGAAUACUGCAUUACUAGCGAUGACCUCUUUUCCCUGCCUUACUGCCCUGGCAAAACUCUAAUUGUGGGUGCUUCCUAUGUGGCUCUGGAGUGUGCAGGAUUUCUUGCUGGCAUUGGUUUGAAUGUCACCGUUAUGGUGCGCUCCAUCCUUCUUCGAGGCUUUGACCAAGAAAUGGCAGAGAGAGCAGGUGCCUACAUGGAAACUCAUGGUGUUAAAUUCAUCAGGAAAUUUGUACCUACUCAGAUUGAAAGGUUGGAGGAAGGCAUGCCUGGAAGACUAAAAGUGGUAGCACAGUCUACUGAGGGACCAGAAAUUAUUGAAGGAGAAUAUAAUACUGUUUUGAUAGCUAUUGGUCGUGAUGCCUGUACCAGAAACAUUGGUUUAGAUAAGAUUGGUGUCAGAAUCAAUGAAAAGAAUGGGAAAAUACCUGUAACUGAUGGGGAACAAACCAAUGUGCCUCAUAUCUAUGCUAUUGGAGAUAUCUUGGAUGGAAAACUUGAACUUACCCCAGUUGCAAUUCAGGCGGGCAGACUUCUAGCUCGCAGGCUCUUUGGGGGCAGCUUUAUAAAGUGUGACUAUGUCAAUGUACCAACUACAGUGUUUACUCCUUUGGAGUAUGGAUGUUGUGGAUUACCUGAAGAGAGAGCCAUUGAAGAAUAUGGAAAGGAAAACAUAGAGGUGUAUCACACUUUGUUUUGGCCUCUUGAAUGGACAGUACCCAGCAGAGACAACAAUACUUGCUAUGCAAAGAUAAUCUGCAAUAAACGUGACAAUAACCGUGUGAUAGGAUUUCAUGUUCUCGGACCCAAUGCUGGAGAGAUUACCCAAGGUUUUGGUGCAGCAAUAAAAUGUGGUCUCACAAAAGAAUUACUUGAUGAAACAAUAGGUAUACAUCCAACAUGUGCAGAGGUGUUCACUACAAUGGAAAUUACAAAAUCUUCCGGAAAAGAUAUCACUCAGGCAGGCUGCUGAGGUUAAACCCUGCUGUUUUUAUCUGUUUCUUGUCAUGUACACUUAUCUCUUUGGAAGGCUUAAGUGUGAAAUACUCUUGAGUAAAAUAAAUGAAAGCAGCAGUAGCAUCAAAUCUAUUACAACUAGAAACGAUGCAUUUCUUAAGCUUCCUCAGUAGAUAAUGUUGGCAAUGGAAAGAAUACAACAGCAGGGAAAAUGCAAACUAUAAAUCCUGACUUGCUUGGAAGUGGCACAUAAGUGCUUUUUUGAAGUUUUGGCUCAGAACCCCAUUCUGAGGUGAGCUAUGACUGAUGACUUACCUUGCAAACUUAGGAAACCUCUUUGUCCGGUCAGAAAACUGAGCUUCCUUCUGAAGGAGCUUCUGAGUUGCGUAAUUAAUUUAAAGUUAACUCAUUAAGUUCCAGUGUCUGUGUGUUGUGGGGUUUUUUGUUUUUUGUUUGGUAUGACUGUUUGACAUAAGAAUGAAUGUGUAUAAUUGUAUUACUCUUGCCAGCAGCUCCUUUUACAAUUCAUGUUGGGUCACUUGUGUUUGCAGUGACUAACAUGGAUUUUAAUGCUGUUCUUGACUUAAUUUCAAAAAAUGGUCAUAAAUCAAAUAUGAAUGCUAGGCAGUGCAGCUAAUGCACUCGCAUUUAACCUCUAAAGACCUGGCUCAAGUACCAAAUAAGUUACAGGUGAGAGAACUUUGUGAUUUUGUCUGUCUUAAUAGUUGCUUUGCCACCAUAACUAGUAAUAUCUUCCUGAGUCACAAGGUUUUAAUAGUAGGAAUCUUUUGGGUCAGAGCUGAAGUACAUUGAAAACACUCCUAAAACUUGUUGAUAUUUGUCCUUGCAAUCCGUGAGCCUAAGCAGUGCUGAUGGUGUCAAGUUUUUGUUUCCGCAUCAAUGUGUAAAAUACUACAUCAUCAUGUAAAAGUAAUCUAACCUACAGUUCUGGACUAUAUAAUAAAAUUGGAGUCUAUAUUACUGUCUUCUCUCCCCAUGUUAUCUGUUCCAUUAAUACAUUAGUUAGAGAAAUGGCUACACCAUGAGGCACUAGAAUCCACUUUAUGGACUUUAAUGAACAACUUACUUUUUAAAAUUGUGUGUUGCAGCAGAGAACAAUGACUCAUGCUAUCAUACCCUGUGCAGUUCCUGUAUAGUCAGCAGCUUGAAACCAUUCCCUUUUGUUCUCAUGUUGUUUUCGGGAAGGUGUCCUUGAAUUUGGUGCUUCAAUUUUGUCCAAAGAGAUGUUUUGAAAGACUAAGACUGUGUUCAAAAUAUAUAUAGUUUUUAACUAUUUAAUCUGUGGUGUAUCAUGGCAUUUAAAGUUCAAUAAAUGAACAAUUGCAUAUGAUGUGUCAAAUACUUUGAUCAAGAUGGCACCUGCCCUGGGUAGAUGUGCAUCUUAGGGCUGGUCUACACUGGGGCGGGGGAGGGAAUUUGAUCUCAGAUAAGCAACUUCAGCUAUGCUAUUUGUGUAGCUGAAGCCAAAGUAUCUUAGUUCGACUUACCUGACUGUCCUCACGGUGGCAAGUCAACUGCUGUGGCUCCCCCAUCAGCUCCGCUUACUCCUCCUGUUGAGGUAGAGUAUGGGCAUUGAUUUGGGGAUCGGUGGGUAGUAAAGACAUGGCUUUAGACUUAUUUAGGAGCCAGUGAACUAGAUCUCUUAACACUUCUUCUGGAAGAUUUUUGUCAAGCAGUUACAAUCAUCAUUUAUUACUCAGUCUAUGUACAUGGAAGGACCACUCUCUGCAUACUAAAUUUUAGUGGAGAAGAACAGGACAUCAAUUUUGGUACCAGGAACUAUGUGCACUUCAGGAGGAAGAACUAAAUAUAACUUCGGCAAUUGAAAACUGCAGAAAUGUUAGGUAUAUAAAAUAUAUGCUUAAGGAAUUUGACUAGAUUGUUAGCAUCAUUUGUUGCAAAGGGUGCUAGAAUACUAACAGUUUUGGUUUUCAUAUCACUUGGGAUUGACUGUGGGGGUGGGAAGCACACUACAGUCCCCACAAAUGCCAUAAAGUACUAGACAUUAAUUCAAAAAUGGAAUGGUCUACUGAAUUUGACAGUACUAUCUUCCUGCAGAACUCUGGCAAUAUUGAUAGGGAAAAAAUGAAAAAGGCCAAAGUCCAACCCUAUUUAAGAGUUUAGAUCAUUACAAUUAUCACUUCAGCAAAGUAUAUACUAGAAACAUACUGAGCAUGAGUCUUGUCUGGGCAAUCUUGCACAGACACCACAUGUUCAGGGGUUAUCCGUGCUUUGGAUCACUCCAUUGUAACAACUUAAAAGGAGACUAGUGAAAUUAUACAUUGCUUUGUGUGGGCCACAUGCUUGGAUGAAUUGAGUGGCACUAUAUAAAUUUUAAUUUACAACCAUGCAGAAGAUCUAAGAAUGGAAGAGCAAGCAGAACAAACACAUUCCAGAAGUUACUACUCUUAAAUAUCAUGAUUUGAUAAGCAGUAAAUGACAUAGCACAGAUGUCACAUUAUGAUUUUAUUUAUAGUUUAGAAAAGGUCAAUAUCUUAAUAGAUGAUGCAUUGUCCUGGUGGACUCUAGUCAUAAGCAACUUAUUGUUAAGAUCUAACAAACAAGCAUGCUGUUUAUAAACUCUUACCCAUGUCUGUAACAUGCUUAUAUCAAUCCAUUAUAAACUGUUUAAGUGGUGCCUUAAUAAACUAUGGCAAAUACUUGUAUAGUGUUAGCCUCUAUAUAUUAACUGAAGAGGCUAAAGUGUACAAUAAAUAAUUUUGUACAAAGGAAGUGGUAUCAGUCUGCUCACAAGGAGCAUUCUGCUUGUAGCAAUUCAUCAGUGGCACUUCUCUGCUUUAAAGAUACCAGAAUGGAAGCAAGGUUUGUAAGCAAAAGAGAUCAGGUUUGCAUCAAAUGUGAUUUAUGUAAAAGAAUUAGGAGUUGAGAAAUAAAAACCUCAGUCAUUCUGUUGA